AUGAAUAGUGCUAAAUCUCUGGAAAGAAUUUUGGUAUUUUACCUUUUCUUGAAUAUUUUUCUAUUAAAUUUAAGUUUAGUACUAUCAAAAAAAGUAGUAAAUUUUAAUAAUGGCAAUAACACAUAUUCAUUGAAAAUAAUACGUAGAAAGUUAUCAAGAAACAGUCCUGAAAAUAAUAAACAAAAUUCAGCAUUUUCCAAAAGUUCAAAUCUUAUUUUGAGAAAGUUAAUGAUCAAUGAAGAUGGCUCUACAGCAAUCAUUAAAAAUGAUUCAGAAAAUGAUUUUAGUUUAGGAAACUUUACAAUUGUUUCUGAAAGUAAUUUAAAUGUUGAAAACCCUGUUAAUUUAGAGAACAAUACAAAUGAAAAUUCUAUGUUGGCUUUUUCUCUGGAGAAGAGUAAUACAAAAGUACCAAAAAAACCUCAUAAAAACAACAAAACUGUGACAUCUGUCACUACAAAAAUUACUUCUUCAAAAACUAUUUCUUCAAAAACUACCUCUUCAAAAACUACUACUUCAACUUCAACAACAUUCACUAUUACUAAUUCUACUACUAUCACCACAACAACUAAUAAUAAUAGUACUACUCAAAUAAAAACAGAAACUAAUAACGUUCGUCGUGUUGAAAACAAAAACAACCAAGGAUUGUCACAUUUUAAUAAUAAUGAAACCAAAAAAGACCUUCAAGUUAAUGAAGAAAGUAUAACUAAUGACAUGGCUGAAAAUAAGGAAGAUUUUACCCAGAUAUUUAAUGUAAUACAAGAUCCUGAUUGGAUUACAUCUAAUGGAGAUUAUUAUAUAAUUGAAUUUACAGAACAAAAUUCUACAGUACCACUGGUUAGAUUAAUCAAUCUAAGUGUUGGACUUUAUAAUAAGAAUGGAAAUGUUAAAGAAGCUAAACAAUUAAUUUCUGCUAUUUUAGGAAGCAGAAAUCUUGGAGAUCCUGAUUACGAGGAAGAUUUUGAGGAAAAUAAUAACUACUUCGGAAGUGGACUAUUUAAUCUUGAUGAAAUAAUCAACUGGGAUGAUCUUGAUUUUAUGGAUGAAAUGCCAAGUUUUUUUAGAAAACUAAAUAAUAUUAUAUGGCUUUAA